CUACCCCAACCCCCACCCCUUCAUAUCCCCCUCCCUCGCCUCCACCACCCGCGCCGCCCUCUUCAACCACCGCAAAUCACACACCCUGCGCGCCUCCGCCAGAAACGCCUCCUCGUAGUCCUCCCUGCCGACCCCGGCCCGCCGCGCCGCCCGACACCCCUGCACGUACACGUCGGCCACGUACAGCGCCCGCAGCGCCUCGAGGGUGUACGCGUCGCGCGCCAUCAGAUCCUCGAUCCCGUCGCGCGGGUCCGCGCCGCCUACCAGCGUCUCCACGGACCCCGGCAGGUGGUCGUAGAACCGGCCCAGGCGCGGCUUGUGGAUCAUCGGCACGCGCGCCCAGUACGCGGCGCAGUCCUCGCACGCCCGCGCCCAGCGGUCCGUGUCCAUGCCGGUCGGGUUCGUGGUGAGGUCGUGCAGGUCCGCGAGGAAGACGGGGUAGCUGGGGGAGCCCAUCGCGGUGCGGGUGCAGGUGAGGUGGUGGUGGAAGGUGGCG